GGUGGCCCGGCACCUGCAGGGCCCGCCCAGCGCGCACGCGCGAGCCGGCGCUUCCCCUGCGUGAGUCGGAGCUGCGGGGCGCGCCGGUCUGCGGUCGCCGGUCACAGGAGCCCCCGCCCCGCAGGGCGGCCUCGCACUUGUCAUUGCUGCCGCUGCCCCUGCUAAUCUGGAGCGGAACCACGAGGCUGAGGAAAGGGACCCCGCAAGAGGGCCAAGCGCCAGCCCCUGUCGCCCCGGCGCUGAGGCUUGCACCCCCCAUCUACCUGAAGGUGCCAGAAAGUCAUGCCUGUGAGCCGCAGGUCCCUCCUGAUGUUCCUCGAGGCCUCAGCACUCCUGUACCCCAAGACCUCUCUGUUGCACUCCAGAGGUUUGCUGGCCCUACCCUGCAGCCUUCUGUGCAGCGCCACCCUCACCUGGCCAGUUUGCCCGUAGCCCCAAGGAGGACCCGUUGCCAGUCUCACCUGGGACUCAUCUCUCAGUGCUGGAUAAAGACCAGGAGUUCCUGUGGCUAGUAUGCCUUCCCUCCCUCGUAGGUCUGUGUGCUUGGCCUUUGUACCCUCAGCUUUUGGAAUGCAGUCCUUCUCAUCCUAAGCAUUGUGGACUCUACCUGAGCUAACUUAGACCACUUACUUCUCAAACAGUUUGGAGUUCAGGUGGCAGAAAAAGUGAAACACAUGGAGGAAGAGGGUUUGCAGCUGUUCACCAGACACCCAUGACUACGUUUUCAUUGCAUAUCCAAACUUUUGAUCUUUGGCCCGUGGCUAGUGCUGGACAUCUCUGCUGGUGACAGAAUGGCGGUGCUACGGCAACUGGUGCUUCUUCUGUGGAAGAACUACACUUUGCAGAAGAGGAAGGUCCUUGUGACAGUCCUGGAACUCUUUCUACCCCUGCUGUUUUCUGGGAUCCUGAUUUGGCUUCGCUUGACGAUUCAAUCAGAAAAUGUGCCCAAUGCCACUGUCUACCCUGACCAGAACAUCCAGGACCUGCCCCUGUUCUUCACGUUCCCUCCGCCAGGGGGGACCUGGGAGCUGGCCUACAUCCCUUCCCACAGUGCUGCUGCAAAAACCAUCACAGAGUCAGUGAGAGGGGCACUGGUGAUCAACAUGAGAGUGCACGGCUUUCCCUCUGAGAAGGACUUCGAGGACUACAUUCGGUAUGACAACCACUCCUCCAACGUACUGGCUGCUGUGGUGUUUGAGAACAUCUCCAACCACAGCAAAGAGCCCCUGCCACUGACGGUAAAAUAUCACCUACGCUUCAGUUACACACGGAGAAAUUACAUGUGGACUCAAACAGGCAACUUUUUCUUGAAAGACACAGAGGGCUGGCACACCACAUCCCUUUUUCCGCUUUUCCCGAGCCCAGGACCAAGAGAACCUGCAUCCCCUGAUGGUGGGGAGCCUGGGUACAUCCACGAGGGCUUCCUGGCAGUGCAGCAUGCCGUGGACAAAGCCAUCAUGCACUACCAUGCCAACGCCUCAGCACGCCAGCUCUUCCAGAAGCUCACGGUGACUGCAAAGAGGUUCCCAUUCCCCCCAUUUAUCUCAGACCCCUUCCUCGUUGCCAUCCAGUACCAGCUUCCCCUGCUACUCAUGUUGAGCUUCACCUACACGUCCCUCACCAUCAUCCGGGCUGUGGUGCAGGAGAAAGAGAGAAAACUGAAGGAGUACAUGCGCAUGAUGGGGCUCAGCAACUGGCUGCACUGGAGUGCCUGGUUCCUCGUGUUCUUCCUCCUCCUGCUCAUCACAGUUUCCUUCAUGACAGUCCUCUUAUGUGUCAAGGUAAAGAACGAUAUGGCAGUACUUGCGAGAAGUGACCCCUCUCUGGUGCUGGUGUUCCUAUUGUGUUUUGCUGUUUCCUCCAUCUCCUUCAGCUUCAUGGUCAGCACAUUCUUCAGUAAAGCUAACAUGGCAGCAGCUGUGGGUGGCUUCCUGUACUUCUUCACUUACAUUCCCUACUUCUUCGUGGCUCCCCAUUACAACUGGAUGACACUGAACCAGAAGCUCGUGUCCUGUCUCCUGUCCAAUGUUGCCAUGGCAAUGGGAGCCCAGCUCAUAGGAAAAUUUGAAGCCAAAGGCAUGGGCAUCCAGUGGAAAAACCUCCUGAGUCCUGUCAAUGUGGAUGAAGAUUUCUGCUUUGGGCAAGUUCUAGGGAUGCUGCUGCUAGACUCUGUAUUGUAUGGCCUGGUGACCUGGUAUGUGGAGGCCGUUUUCCCAGGCCAGUUCGGUGUGCCCCAGCCGUGGUACUUCUUCCUCCUGCCAUCCUACUGGUGUGGGAACCCGAGAAUGGUUAUGGGUAAAGAGGAAGAAGACUGUGACCCUGAAAAAGCGCUCAGAACUGAGUACUUUGAAGCUGAGCCUGAAGACCUGGUGGCUGGGAUCAAGAUCAAGCAUCUGUCCAAGGUCUUCCAAGUAGGAAAUAAGGAAAAGGCAGCCGUCAGGGACCUGAGCCUGAACCUGUAUGAAGGGCAGAUUACCGUCCUGCUGGGCCACAACGGGGCAGGAAAGACCACCACCCUGUCCAUGCUCACAGGACUCUUCCCCCCUACUAGUGGACGUGCCUAUAUUGGUGGGUAUGAAAUUUCCCAAGAUAUGGUUCAGAUCCGGAAGAGCUUGGGCCUGUGCCCCCAGCACGAUGUACUGUUUGACAACCUGACAGUUGCAGAACAUCUUUGCUUCUAUGCACAGCUUAAAGGUCUGUCUCGCCAGAAAUGCCCUGAAGAAGUCAAGCAGAUGCUAUACAUUCUCAAUCUGGAAGACAAGCGGAACUCACUGUCCAAGUUCCUGAGUGGGGGCAUGAAGCGCAAGCUCUCCAUUGGCAUUGCCCUCAUUGCAGGCUCUAAGGUAUUGAUGCUAGAUGAGCCCACCUCGGGAAUGGAUGCUGUCUCCAGGAGAGCCAUCUGGGACCUGCUUCAGCAACAGAAAAAUGAUCGCACCAUCCUGCUGACCACCCACUUUAUGGAUGAAGCAGACCUGCUGGGAGAUCGCAUUGCCAUCAUGGCCCAAGGCGAGCUGCAGUGCUGUGGGUCCUCUCUGUUCCUCAAGCAGAAAUAUGGUGCUGGCUACCAUAUGACACUAGUGAAGGAGCCACAUUGCAACCCCAAAGCCAUUUCCCAGCUGGUAUACCACCACAUCCCUAAUGCCACUCUGGAAAGCAGCGCUGGGGCUGAACUGUCCUUUAUUCUUCCCAAGGAGAGCACACACAGAUUUGAAAGCCUUUUUUCUAAGUUGGAAAAGAAGCAGAAGGAAUUGGGCAUUGCCAGUUUUGGGGCCUCUGUCACCACCAUGGAGGAAGUUUUUCUUCGGGUUGGUAAGUUGGUAGACACCAGCAUGGACAUCCAAGCCAUCCAGCUCCCUGCCCUGCAGUACCAGCAUGAGAGGCGGGCAAGUGAUUGGGCUGUGGACAGCAACCUGUGUGGCGUGAUGGACCCCACUGAUGGCAUUGGAGCCCUCAUUGAAGAGGAGCAUUCGAUCGUCCAGCUCAAUACUGGGCUUGCUCUCCACUGCCAACAAUUCUGGGCCAUGUUCUUGAAGAAAGCCACAUACAGCUGGCGGGAAUGGAAGAUGGUAGCAGCGCAGAUUCUAGUCCCUCUGACCUGCAUCACCCUGGCCCUCUUGGCCAUCAACUACUCCUCAGAGAUCUUCGAUGACCCCAUGCUGAGGCUGAGCUUGAGCGAGUAUGGAAGAACCAUUGUACCCUUCUCAGUCCCUGGCACCUCACCGCUAGAUCAGCAGCUGUCAGAGCACCUGAGGGACAUGCUGCAGGCAGCAGGACAAGAGCCCCGUGAAGUGCUAGGUGACCUGGAAGAGUUCCUGGUUUUCAGGGCCUCUGUGGAGGGCGGAGGCUUUAACGAGCGCUUUCUGGUGGCAGUGUCCUUCAAAGAUGAAGUAAAGAAAACUGUUGUCACUGCCCUGUUCAACAACCAGGCAUACCACUCUCCAGCCACCGCCCUAGCCAUUGUGGACAACCUUCUGUUCAAGCUGCUGUGUGGUCCCCAGGCCUCAAUCGAGGUCUCCAACUACCCCCAGCCCCGGAGCACCCUCCAGGCCGCCAAGGACCAGUUCAGCGAGGGCCGAAAGGGACUUGACAUUGCCCUCAAUUUGCUCUUUGCCAUGGCGUUCUUGGCUAGCACAUUCUCCAUACUGGCAGUCAGCGAGAGGGCUGUCCAGGCCAAACAUGUCCAGUUUGUGAGUGGUAUCCGUGUGGCUACGUUUUGGCUCUCUGCUCUGCUAUGGGAUCUCAUCUCCUUUCUCAUCCCCAUUCUGCUGCUGCUGGUGGUAUUCCGGGCCUUCGAUAUACGUGCCUUCACGCAGGAUGGCCAUGCAGCCGACAUGCUGCUGCUGCUCAUGCUCUACGGCUGGGCCAUUGUCCCCCUCAUGUACCUCCUGAGUUUCUUCUUCUCUGGUGCAUCCACUGCCUACAGCAGGCUGACCAUAUUCAAUAUUCUGUCCGGCAUUGCCACUUUCCUCAUAGUCACUAUCAUGCGCAUCCCAGCCUUGAAGUUAGAAGAACUUUCCAGAACCCUGGAUCAUGUGUUCCUGGUGCUGCCCAACCACUGCCUAGGAAUGGCAGUGAGCAGCUUCUAUGAGAACUAUGAGACACGGCGAUAUUGCACUUCUUCAAAGGUUGCCACCCAGUACUGCAAGAAAUAUAACAUUGAGUAUCAGGAGAACUUCUACGCCUGGAGCACUCCUGGGGUCGGCAGGUUUGUGACCUCCAUGGCCACCUCAGGGUGUGUCUACCUCACCUUGCUCUUCCUCAUUGAAACCAACAUACUGUGGAGACUGAGGACCUUCAUCUGUGCCUUCUGGAGGAGGUGGAUGCUGACAGAAUUGCACAGCCGGAUAUCAGUGGUUCCUGAGGACCUCGACGUGGCACAAGAGAGGAGCCGAGUCCUGACUCCCAGCUUGGACUCUCUGCUUGACACACCUCUAAUCAUCAAGGAGCUCUCCAAGGUGUAUGAACAGCAGGCACCCUUCAUUGCUGUAGACAGGAUCUCUCUCGCAGUCCAGAAAGGAGAAUGCUUUGGUCUCCUGGGUUUCAAUGGAGCUGGAAAGACUACAACAUUCAAAAUGCUAACUGGAGAGGAGACGAUCACCUCAGGGGAUGCCUUCGUUGGGGGUCACAGCAUCAGCUCUGACAUUGGAAAGGUGCGGCAGAGGAUGGGCUACUGCCCACAGUUUGAUGCUCUGCUGGACCACAUGACUGGCCGGGAAAUGCUGGUCAUGUACGCACGUCUGCGGGGCAUCCCUGAACGCCUCAUUGGUGCCUGUGUAGAGAAUACACUUCGAGGCUUGCUUCUGGAGCCACAUGCCAACAAGCUGGUCAGAUCAUACAGUGGUGGGAAUAAGCGCAAGCUGAGCACUGGCAUUGCCCUCAUCGGUGAGCCUGCAGUCAUCUUCCUGGACGAGCCAUCUACUGGCAUGGACCCCGUAGCCCGGCGCCUGCUAUGGGACACUGUGGCCCGGGCCCGAGAGUCUGGCAAGGCCAUUGUCAUCACCUCCCACAGCAUGGAGGAAUGUGAGGCCUUGUGCACCCGACUGGCCAUCAUGGUACAGGGUCAGUUCAAGUGCCUGGGCAGCCCUCAGCACCUCAAGAGCAAGUUUGGCAGUGGCUACUCCCUGCAGGCCAAGGUCCGGACUGAUGGUCAGCAGGAAGCACUAGAGAAAUUCAAGGCAUUUGUGGACCUGACCUUCCCAGGCAGCGUCCUGGAAGAUGAACACCAAGGCAUGGUCCACUAUCACCUGCCUGGCCACAACCUGAGCUGGGCAAAGGUUUUUGGUGUCCUGGAGAAAGCCAAGGAGAAGUAUGGAGUGGACGACUACUCAGUGAGCCAGAUCUCACUGGAACAAGUCUUCCUGAGCUUCGCUCACCUGCAGCCCCCCACUGCUGAGGAAGGGCGAUAAGGUGCAGAGAUGAGGAGCAUCUACUGCUUCCCGGGCACCAGACAGCAAUGGAACAAGACUGCACAGCUGUGAUUCUUCUUCUUCUGAGUUUCUCUUACACUUUAUUUUUAAUCACUUUUUCUGUGAUGGACAUGAAAAAUCAAGGUGGUGUACACAGAAUGGACCAAGUGUGUCUGUGCCGUCACACACGAAUUAGCAUGCAGGUUUCUACUCCUAAAGGCAGACUCUGGAAUGCCUGUUCCCAGCUCCCAAGCUGGCCCAGCAGUGUGUGUGAUCAGCCACAGUUCUGUGGGUAGAGAGCUGUCCUAGGUAGGACUGCAGCUGACCUGGGGGCAGUAUUGUUGAAUUUCUCUAUGUAUUCACACAGAGAGAGGACCCAGGGACCUAUUUAUGUUUACACAUGACUUUGUUCCCCUGGGAAGGAAAACAGAAACCAGCAGGAAUGAACUAAAAUAUAUCAGGCUGCCAAGAAUGGAAAUUAAAGGUGGAAAUCACUAUCCAUGAAGGGAAGAUGUCAGCUGUGACCAGGUGCUGAGACUUUCACUCCCGGUGCAGCCCCAGAGGCAUCCUGGGGGUCAGUGCUCCAUGGGUAUGAGUGCAUUGCCAGGCCACGCUGGCCCCAAGCUGGGCAUUGCCCACAAGCACCAUCUAGCAAUAGUGGGCCCAGGGAAAGGUCGUGGUAAGACUUGGGGGCACAGUCCCCCAAUCCCACCUCUGCACCUUCAAGACAUCACCAGCCACAAGACAGUCAGGAACUACUACAGGGCUGAUACACUAAACAUACUGUGACUGUCCAGAAAAUAAAGGCUAAGGGAACAUGGCCA